ACACACACACCACACGCCACACACAGCCCUCAAAUGGACUCCCUCCAGGGCUUUAAUGGCGCUGAUCAUUUGAACCCUCAGGCCAAAGAAUGGAACCCUCUUUUCGAUUGCGCUCCCGAGGAAGAUCGCUGCCUCUUUCUCACUUUCUCCAAUGGAAACCCGCUCUCCGAACACCAAAUUGUUAACUUCUUCACUCGAAAAUACGGGUCGUGCAUCGAAAGGGUAUACGUGCAUUAUCCGGACGGAGGGACUCAAUUGCCAUUGUUUGGGAAGGUGGUAUUUGUUGCAUCUUCAAUACCAGCAAUAAUUCUAGGAGGAAAAGACGAAGCCAAGUUUUCGAUUGAGAGCAAGACGUUAUGGUGUAAGAGAUACGAGGCUCGAAAAACUCGAUUUAGAGUUUAGGGUUUAGGGUUCAGAGCCUCUACGACAAAGAAACUGAGAAGGGGCCGAUUUGAACGUGUUUGGAUCAACCUGAUCUCGAUCAAAAUGUCGAAAGUUUGUUCAUGGUUUGAAAUGGAAGGGUAAUGUCAGUUUCUUUGCUGAAAUAAAGAG